AUGCUCGCAAGGCAGCAUCGAGGCCUCGCUGCGCUCAACGUAGAACCGCCAAACAUCCGGCUCUUGAGGAAGCUGUCUGCGAUUCACUCCGUGGAGGGCACCUUGCCGCAGCCUUUGAACCGCCCUGUCGCAGCGAGGCCGCUUUCUCGAGAUGUCAAAGACCAGGGCCCGCCAAGGGAUCAGCACAUGCAGGCAGCAGGCAUUAACGGCACUGAAGGCCGUGUGUCUGAAGCUGGGAGAUCCAUGGCAACCGCAGAGCAUGCCGGCGUGCCAAUUCGGAGCGCAGGAGCGAGUUGA